AUGGGCCCUUCGACGAGCGAGAAACAGAGUAACACUCAUCUAGAAUCCAUUGAGCAAGAUGGUGCCGCAACCAUUGUUCAGAUCGAAGCAAAUCCAGGCGGCGAGGCUGCUAUGGACGUGGACAAAAACGUGAAAGUGGCUUCGGACGGACAUACGGUCCUUGUACCACAGCCGUCAGAAGAUCCCCAUGAUCCAUUGAACUGGCCCUCCUGGAGGAAGCACGCUAUACUUCUCAGCACAGGAUUCUUUGCGUUCAGCAUGGACUUUCCCGUUGGCGCUGGAAUCAGUUGCGUUUUCUUGCAAAGCUCUGAAUUCGGAAUGACGCCCGUGGCCAUCAACCGCGCAAACAACUACAGUGUCUUGUUGGUGGGAUUUGGUGGGUUUCUUCUGAUGCCAUUGGUGACCUCCUGGGGCCGUGUGCCUCUCUCUUUUUGGUCGAUAGUUGCAGGCACUUUCUUCACACUCGGAUGUGCACUCGCUCAAACCUGGGAGACGUACCUGGCCAUGAAAUGCCUACAGGCAUUUGCUCUAUCUACCGGCCUGAUCGCCGGCCUCGCCUUCAUCACAGACAUGUUUUGCCUACACGAGCGUGCACGAAAGAUUGGCAUUUGGACCGCCAUGUGGAUGUUGGCUCCUUAUCUUGCACCCAUGCUUGCAAAUUUCAUCGUCACAAGAACGGGCAAUUGGCGUAAUGUUUUCUGGCUCAUUUUCGCCAUGAAUGCCCUCUGCAUCUUGCUUGUUCUGGCUUUCUUCGACGAGACAUGGUAUCAAAGAGAUGUCCCAAUGGAAGAACAGCCUACAAGGGGACCUCGACUUUUCAGGGUCGUUGGCAUAUGGCAGCUAACACACAAAAAAUACUUUCCCAACCUGUGGGCUGGAUAUCGACGACUUUUGGCAGUCUUCUUGUGCCCAGUUGUCUUGCUUGUCUCGGUCUCAACUGGGAUUACAGUCAUGUGGGUUAUUGGUAUUAAUCAGUCUUCUGCGCUUCUUCUCAGUACACCGCGAACACAAGGCGGCUAUGGGUUCAGCAAAGACGCCUUGUCAUACAUGUACUUCGCCCCUAUCAUUGGGAUUCUCGUUGGCGGCGUAGUUGGGCGCUUUGUUAUCGACCUUGCGUCAAACAGAUACGUUCGGCGCCACAACGGUGUCUAUGCACCAGAGGCACGGAUACCACCCGUAUACUUUGCGACCUUCUUCAUGGUGCCCGGCUUGGUUCUCCUUGGUCAGGCAUUGGCGCACCGUCUGUCGUGGGUUGCGAUCGCCGCCGGAUGGAUUUUAUACGUUGUCGGAGGUAUAAUGUCGACAGUGGCUACUACAGCCUACUUGGUCGAUUCCUACGCAACGGCCUCGGCAGAGAUAUCCAUCAUUCUCAACUUUGCAAGGCUGAUCGGAGGUUUCACCAUCAGUUACUGCCAGGUGGACUGGGGCACAAAAGUGGGUUACAACAAUUCUUUUGGUACGCAGGCAGGGAUUGUUGUGUUCUCGACCUUGAUCAUGGCAGGGCUACAUAUAUACGGGCGAAAGUUGAGGUCUGUGGAUGGAUUGAUCAACUGGUAG